GUGUGUGUGUUUACAAAGGGAAUCUAAUUUACUUGAAUUUACGAUCAUCCCCAUCAUUUUAUCUAAAAUGUACAAUUCAUUUUUUUUUACAAUUUUUCAGUGACUUUUGCCUGAAGUAAGUACAAUAUUCAGAAAAAUGGAAACACAAACAACAACAAAUGAGAGACAACAACAAAUUCACCGCCGUGUCCAGAAAAGAAUCGCUGGAAAAUACUUAGAUCAACUUGAUCCAGAUGGUAUUUUAAAGAAUGAAUAUGAUGGUGACAAAUUAACAGAGUUCCGACAGCUUGACAGUGAUACCAAGAAAAAGUUUGAUGCCCAAAACAGCCGCUUCAGAAAGAUAGAAUCAGCUUAUAGUAUCCAGAAUAUUUGCUGGCUAAUUGCAUCAUUAGGUGUAUUCUACUAUACAGACUUCUACAGAGCAAUUCUUUAUGACCAGAGAAUAAACAGGUUAUGGUUUAACAUUGGUGCUUUAUCAGUUGGAGCGAAUGUUUCUAUAGCAAUAUUUCUCAUUGUUUACCUCUCCUUUAUAAAGAAAGUUAGCUCAGAUGAUUGGGAGAGAAAAUAUCCUGCAUUAAUACCCAUAGCGACAGCAGCUUUUGUUGUUGGUGGAAUAUUUUUAACAGUCGGCUUAUGGCCAGUGUGGGGACCAUUCACUCCUAUUAUACUGUUUGUUUUGUUUAUGGGAUUUGUGGUAACUGUGGCUAUGUUGCCGAACUUUUGAAUACAUCUGGAAAAGUACAGUGACAAUUUGUCAGUGGAUUGUCAGCUAUGGCUUCCAAUCAUCAAGUUCUCAGUUAUCAGUGCUUGGAGUGAAAUUAUUGACUGUAAAAUUAGUUAACUGUCAGAGCAGUGUAGGACCAC